AUGGUGCUCGAUCGAGUCAACAACGAAGACGAGCGCCCUCAACACGUCGAUUUCGUGAGGAUGCAGAGACCUUCGAUGUUUAUCGAUGCAAACCUUCCAUUUCAAGGAGAAUUGCCUACCGUCGAAAGUAUUUUAAGACUAAUAGAAUUGGGUUAUGCAGGAGUUAGCAUAAACCAGAUUUUAAGGAAUUCACAACUAACUACUUCAAGUCCAGCAAUUCCAAAAAAGAAAAAAACAAAGCCUGACCUGGUCAGCAUUGAAAGUUUGAGGCUCUGUGACAAGGUAGCAGCUGUUAUCAAUAGGGUUAAAAAACUAACUGCACUCUCUCCGAACAAACAAUUUUUAAUUAGCCGUAGAAUUACUUUUGAAACUCACAAAGAUCUUCCAGCAAAUUUUUUGGCUGAAGCUCGAGAUAAUUUUGAUGUUGUUGCUAUGAUGCCUCUCACCGAGAGUGUUUUUAAGCAGUGUUGCUCCACUUGGAAUAUCGAUAUUAUAUCUCUCGAUCUUUCAGAGAGACUCUCUUUCUCUUUAAAAAAAGAGUCUGUUUUGGAAGCUGUAAACCGUGGGAUUUAUUUCGAGAUCCAGUAUUCUUUUUUAUUUAAAGACUCAACGGCCAGAAGAAAUACCAUAUUGAACGCAAAUGCACUGCUAAAGUUAUGUAAAGCAAAAAACAUCAUAAUUUCUAGCGGAUCUACGGAACUUUUUUUACUUCGAAAUCCUUACGAUGUCGCUAACUUAGGUUCACUGUUUGAAAUGAAAUUGGAAGAUGGCUUAUUUAGCUUAUCAAAGAACCCUCAGAAACUUAUUGGGCAAAAAAAAAGAACGACGCACUAUUACGAUCGUGUGACAGCACCAGCUAAGUGUAUAGAUUUAGAAAUCAUAGAUUUACCACCUUUGGAGUAA